GACGAGGAGAGUACAUGUCUGGUCCUCGCUCUCGACGCAACCAACUGCUCUUGCUCAUAUGUGCAACGGGUUCAUACCCAUCCUGGAUUAUAUUAAAUAACUUAUCCAAGUGUGUGACAACUGACUGUUAGUGUAACGAACUUAUGCAUAAUUAUUAUCAGUGACUUGUCAGUGGUAAAGCAGUGUAUUUAAAUGUGCAGGACUUUGGUUUUUAAGUUUGUGUCAACUGUUCGGCCACCACCGUCAGACUGUUCCUUACAAGUUCUUGAAGUUACACCUUCACCACGUGCUGCCUGCAAUUAUCAUCGUGACGAAUUUUAAGUAAAGAGACGGCGCAUGUAAUACGGAACUCUGCUCUUGUUCAAAAGUUGAACCAGAGUUGAAUUUAGUGCCAAGUCCUUUAUACCGGAAGAGUUGAAGAUGGAGGAGUUGUAUUGUUCUGAAGCCCCAGCAUGUUCAGACGAACCCAUAGCUCACGAGGACCCCACACUGCUCAACGACAGACGUGUUCUCGACAACAUGCUGCAACUCCAGCCUUUCUCAAUGCCUCCUCAAAACUACUUCAAACACAUACAGAAUGACAUCCAACCCUUCAUGCGCAAAAUCGUCACGGGAUGGAUGAUGGAAAUUUGUGAAGAACAGGCGUGUGAGGACCAAGUGUUCGCCACAGCUAUCAACUUUUUUGAUCGGUUCCUCUGCGUGUGUGUGAUACAGAAAACCCAGCUGCAGCUAGUGGGAGCUGUCUGUCUCCUGCUGGCGUCCAAGCUGCGCCAGUGCCGACCCCUCUCAGCCGAACACCUCGCUUACUAUACAGAGUACUCCGUCAGUGUAGAGGAGAUAAAGCAAUGGGAACUUCUGUUGCUGUCUAAACUUGGGUGGGACUUGUCGCCCAUCACGGCGUGCGACUUCGUGGACCAUCUCCUCCGUCGGGUGUAUCCUGUGGGGCAAGAACCCAUCGUCAGAAGACAUGCCACCACCUUCGUCGCAUUGGUUGGCACCGAGCCGGAGUUCGUGCAGGUUGAGCCCUCUGCCAUAGCCGUGGCCGCCAUCACUGCUGCUGUGCGGGGACUCAACAUGUCCUCAUGGUCCGAAGUCCUCUCCACCCUCGCCUCCGCUGUUAACCUUGAUGCUCACGCCCUCAUGCCUGUGAUACAACAGAUUGAUCUGGUAGUGACAAAGGAAAGCACAAUACUCCCUCCUAGUGUGCACAACCAACAGCAGCAGGCGCAACAACAGCCGUCGACCCCCACCAACAAGCAGCAGGCCACCGUUCCCAUGGACUUCGAUAUAAACGACACACCAAAAGAUCUCACGGAUAUACACUUCUGAUGCCGAGGGCGGCGGUAGUUGCAUGAUAGCACUGUUGCUCCUUAGGGGUCCUGUUAUGGGCAUCCGGGGAGUGUAGACAUAGAAGUUGUAACGGACGCGCUGCUGAGGCACAGCCAGCCAGCCAACCCGACGCCGCUUCCACCUUCAGCACCAAACCUCAGGUACCAGAGGGUCUGUCAAACCUCCAAGCAAGUCCCAAGUACAGUAGAGUGAAACUGACAGCUAUAUCUGAAAGUUCUCUAUAGUAAGCAGCUGUUCAGUGACGUGUACAAGGACUAUUUUGAAAAUCUUCAGAUCACAGUCAUUUUUUAUUGAGUGGAGUUGAAGCCAAACCAAAGACAUUUUUGAGGGUGAGGUAGCGGUGUUUCCUUAAAAUUUCUGUAGUGGGUAGGAUCUCCCCUACAGAUUAACACAAAAAAAUCUUAUUUUAAUAUUCUGAAUCAUCUCAAAAGAUCCUGGGUGCUGGCGCGUGUCCUCAUGGCAGGGCGAUCUAGCUCAUACCAAAUGGUGUAGAUCUCAGUCAUUUUCUGUAUCCAGUCAAAGUCAGGGGCGGGGGACCUGUGGGAAUUAGUCUGCCUUCAGGAGCUAUGAACACUACAUAAUUCUCUUUAGAAUCUAGAGCACGCAGGAAAAGUCGUACUUGUCCAAAAAGUGCUGUAACAUCCUAUACGAGUAUAAGGUUAUCAAAGUAUGACUGUUGAAGGAGGCCUUAACAUAGAAACUAAAUGGAGAGGCAGCAGAUGCUAGCGGAUGUCAACGAGGGGUAGCAUACUAGCCCUCUUUGUUCUUCACUCCGCAGUGUAGAUGUACUUAAUAUACAGUACACAGUUAGCCUGAAGCCCGUCAUGGUGCGGGAGAGUAGCAAGUGUAAUGCAUCAGUUGUUUUUGUCACCGAGGCUGCUGUGAUCAAGCCAGGGCUUGGAAUCGUCUCAAGACAUUUGAUUAUAACUGUUGGAUUAUACCCUGCUCUUUAAAGUUCCUGUAUGGGCCCCCUACAUGCGUUUAUCUAAACGUGUCAGUAUUAUUAAGUAAUAAUCAAAUAUAUGUUAAUGAAUUGUCAGAACCAAGGUGCUGUAUAUUUGGAUUCUCAAGAACGUCUCAAGUAAACCUGUCCUCAAACACGAAGCUUACUUGCGGGUGUCGGGCAUUACUUCCCAGAUGUGUUCUCAGUCCAGUGUUCCGGGUGUUGUGAAUGCUGUUCAAAAGUUACGUAGGAACAAAUUCCAUGAUCUCGUCGGUUGUGUGAGGAAAACAUGCACAAAUUAUUUUCUCCUUUGUAUAAAUCCUAUUUUGUAUAUAGUGUGUAUACGUUGUUAAUAAUGCUACUUAUAGGCUAUUUUAUUAUAUAUAUUGUGAAGGAUGAAAUGGGUUCCAGUGUCACUUUUGAGUUUACGAGAAGUCUUCAUUUGUGUAUGAAGUUGUAAAUGAUGUGUUUUCUCGCAUGAAAUAAUUUAUUUGAAUUUUUCAUUCCAACAUUUACAUUCGUUUUAAUUUACUUUUUUUGUAAAUGUUAAAGAAUACUGUACUGAGUGAUUGUAAACAUUACCUGAAUAAGUGCCUUUGUAUAAAUUGAAUUUGUGCCCUUUUUUGUAUGACGUGUAACAAAUUCCUUAAACUAUUUAUUUUGGCAAAACAAAUUGUCAGUCUUCUGCUUUCUGUACGAUAAUCUGUGCCUUAAAAAUAUUUUUUUUAUGAAAGAUUAAUAUUUGUUUGGUAUGUACUUGAUACUAUGCUCUCUGCUAGCAUAUUAUAGUACUAUAUUUGAUGUUGUCGCUUCAUGAUCUGUUGAAAAUCAGACAUGGGUUCUACUAGAUUACAAAAUAAAUUGUUUAUUUACUAAAAAUUGUAAAACCAUUUAUGAAAGUUGCUAUGAGUGAGGUUGUACUGGCAAGUGGCUGCCUCAGGAAAUGAUUUGGCUGGCCUUCCAUACGCCCUCACCCAUUCUUAAUGAAGAUUUCUGGUAGCUAGAAAACUUUGUAGCAUAGCAUGUGUACGUGGCCUGGUUUCUCAGGUGUUUUCUAGUCGCGUUCUCUUGUUGGUGAAGUUGUUGAUGACGAUUUCUUGGUUUCUGAACACUAUUUUUUAUCUUAAUAUCAUAUGUAAUUAAUUUAAUUUAUAACAUUUCACUUUUAAUUUCUCUCUAAUAUUUGUGCUUCGAAGGGCGCCACUGUCAAUGAUCUUCUUGGUGAUGAUUCAUAGUCUCUCCUCUUGGAUGGUAUGUUUAUCUUGUACCUUAUAUAUAUAUUAUAUUUAUUAUUAUUUCUUGUUUCUUAAACCGCGUCAUCGGCAUUUCUUCAACAAGUUAUUCUUGUACCUCCUGUGUUCACGGGAAAUAAUAUUAGUGCUACUAAGGUACAACUCAUGUACUAAGUGUAGUGCUUUGGUACAGCCUCUGCUACAUUCACUAAUUAGUUAAGUACCGGUCAGUGUUAUAGUACUUAUACUACUAAAGUUCAGAAUUCUGUGGCGCGGGCAGCGUAUCAAGUUCUGUGGUGUGGUCCACUGACUGUACCACGUUCACUGCUCUAAUACAAUAGGCAGUAUCACGUUCAGCACUACACUGAGCGAUGUGAAAGAAUAUUUGUACUCUUGUAUGUUAACAGUGAAAAAAAGGACCCCAUACUUUUGCGGGUGUAAUUAUUUCUAUUAUAAGCUGUGUUGUCAUUAAUAAAUCGAGAAUAUUA